AUGGCAUUAAAGAGGGAUCGGACCUCUCCCGACACAGAGAGAGACAAACAAGUUGAAAAAAUGACGGCUUACCAUCGCGAAUUUAUAUAUCCAGUGUUGCCCAUACCGUUGGAACAGAUCUAUGAACUAGCGUCGAAAAUUUUGGGCAAAAAAAUGAAAUUACCGAAAAAUAUUUGCGUUAACGAAGAAGAGGAAGAUUUUCUUCCGGAACUAUCUCCCAUGCCACUGCAAGGCAGGAAAUCACGCGGUAAAAUUGACAGAAAGGGGUCUUCUCUUCAUGCCGAGAAAAAGACAGCUUCGGUGAAUUUAAAUAUUGCUGAGCUCGCCAAACCCGGAGGUCGAAGGGCGUCUGCAUUCCCGGUGCCAGGUGGAGAGGGAAAAAUUUCUGCUUUACCGGGGAUUGAGGAGUUUCAGCGUGAUACAAAUUCGCGCAAAAUGUCCGCUCCGUCAGUCGAUGAUCCUCGGCGAAGUUCUGUCCCGUCUGCUUUGGAUACGGAAUACUGGCGAGACAGAGCUGCGUCAAUAGCGGCUAGUGUAAUUGGAUCAACCGGUGAGUCAAAGAGGCACAAAGCAGUCAUAUGGCCAGAGUUCAGUGACAAUGACAUCAAUCAAGAAAAGUGGGAAGUGCCACACAAGACCAAAGAAAAAGAAAAGGGGAAAAGUCCCAAUCUUCAACAUUUCUUUGAAGAUGCAGACGGUCGGAUUGACAUGCCACCAUCAUUAAAACAGAAAGUAGAUCAUUGGAAAAGGCCACAGGACUUCAUAUUAGAUAAGACACCGAUUGUAUUUGAUGAAAAUGCCACAGAUUUUGAUUUAAUGAGUACCAAUGAACACAUACAUGAUUGCGAGUUAAUGAGAUGGAUCAUUAGUCAAAUUACAACAUUAUGGAGGAUAACCAUGGUAGCGGAUCCGGAAGCUCCAUCUAGUACUAUGGUUUCACCGCCAAUGAAUCAUAUGUGGAAACCAUGGGAACAUAUUUAUGCAAUGAAUAAAGUUGGUAAAGGUCCACACAUACCAGCGUACAACCCUAGUGGUAAAUAUGUAGUCAGGCUGUAUUGGAUGGGUUGUUGGCGUAAGAUAAUAGUGGACGAUACCAUUCCAUUUGAUGACAAUGAAAACAUGUUAUUACCAUCCACAACAGUACAAAAUGAGUUAUGGCCAAUGUUACUAACUAAGGCAAUCAUCAAAGUAGCUUCUCUAGAUUACAAUGGUGGCAGUAAUAAUAGUGAAUUUGGUGACGUUACUAUCAUACAUGUUCUAACAGGAUGGCUACCAGAGACUAUACCAUUACAGUAUGGGCAUAUACACCAGGUAUGGGACUUGGUAAAAAAAUUGUUGCCUGAGUUUACUCUACCUGAACCAGGGGAACAGAAACUCCCAGAGUUGGAUUCCAUGAAGAAAGAUGGUAGCAAAGCAGAAAUAGAGCUUGCUGGAAAAGAUGGUAAAAAAGAUGAAAAGGGAGGAAAAGACGGUAAAGAUAAGGAAAAAGAAAAAUCUGACAAACCCGAGAAACCAGCAAAAGAAAAAGACCAUAAAGAGGAUAAGAAAGAUAAAAAAGACAAGGACAAAGAUAAAGACAAGGACAAAAGACCGGGUACACAGGGGGAGCCUGGGAUAGAUAAAGAUGCAAUUUUAGGUGAUGUUUCUAUGGGUCCACAGGUGGCUAUCUUCAUUAGCUAUGAAAAUCCACCCAAAGUUCCGGCCAGAGUAUCAUUGCUGGGAGAAAUGGCUGAUGCGUCUGAACGUCUACGUCAGUCUGGGCUAUCACAUGUAUUUCCCCAUCCAUUACUUUUAACGCGUACACGUUCCUGUCCAUUGGUUGCUCCCCCACCACCUCCAGUUGUGCCAGCAUGGAAAUUAAUCAGACAGAAAAAGAAGAAAACUACGCCGCAUGAUCAGGCACCAGAGCCUGAGAUAAAAAGACCUGAACAAUGGAUAGAAGUCACCUCCCCGUAUGUUAAUUACAAAGUCAGCCCAAUUCCCAUACCGACUGAUACUAAGAGGCCCAAGUCUUCUCUCUCCAGAGGAGGGGGUUCCCGUCCAAGUACUGCAUUGAUGGGUGAGAUAAUGACAGAAAUUGAUGAAGAUAACCCUGAAAAAAUGGAAGAAUUGCUACAGAAGCUGAAGGAACAAGAAAAAGAGAAACCUAAAGAAGAAUCUCCUCCUGAUAACCAGAAGCUUGAUUUCCCUAAACCAGACACUCCUUCCAUUAAAGAUGGUAAGGAUGGCAAGAAAGGAGCUAAAGAUGAAAAGAAAGAUAACAAAAGAGAAAAAAGUGCAGCAAAACUGGAAAAAAUUGAGGAACCAGGAAAAGGGAGGAAACUGAGCUCAGGUCUAAAGAGGAAAGAAUCUGAGAAAGCUCCAUCGCUUAAAAGUGAAAAAAUGGAGAAAUCAGACAAAGAAAAGUUAACACCAAUUGGAAAAGAUCCAAAAGACCUGAAAGAAAAAGAUAGUUCACUGAAACCUGGUGAUGGCGAUGUUGAUGCGAUGUCGUUGUUGACAGAAACUGCUAGUAAAGCCGACGGCUCAUCCAAUGAAGAGCAGGAAGAAGAUGACAAAGAGAAGGAGAAAGUGGCACCGGUUCAGAAAGAUAUCUGGAUGCAUUUCGAGGAUUUUGCAAAGUGCUUCAAGACUCUGUAUAUAUUCCAUAAACCAAACACAUAUAUCUCUAAUCAUAAAAUGUCAGAUUUGAAGAAACUGGAGCUCAUGAUAAUGCAAAAACAACAAGCUGGUGCCCAGAAUGUGCAGCCUGUGAAUGUUAAGCAGAAAUCGGCAGCACCAGGAGGACCUGCACCUGCAUCAUCGAUGACUGCCCAAACGCCUGCCAGACAACCGUUUAGCCCGUCUCCGCAGCAUCAUCACCAUCAGGGCCAAGGUGACGAUAGACAGCCACAGUAUAUGUUUGUUGAUAGUUUAGAAUCAAGUGAAAUCAUUAUUAGCUUUUCAUCAUUGUCACGUUGGUUUGAUCCACCGCCUGAGCCGCCAAAAACAGCACAUAGCAUGAUACGUGAAAGAAAAGAUCGGGAAUCGGACAAAGACUCGGUUGCUGCUAGUGGUGGCAGUCUCAUAGAAGAUAGGCGUCAUGUGUUACGGUUCAUGAUGAAUGCACCACUGGGAUAUCAUAUACAUCUGUGCUCAUCUACUAAUCUAGUAUUUGGAGAUGAAGAGACGGUGAUGGCAUAUUUAACACGAGAGAGUUGUCGGUUUGUAGAUCACGCCAAUCAAGUAAUGAUGUCCAUCAAAAAUGCCAUCCAAUACUUUGAUGACAAAGACAAUUUUAGUGAAGCCAUGUCCAAACUUGCAAUAUUACAUUACCCAGUCAAGGAGGGUGUCAAGUCAGCCAUGCACAACUUUGAGGUUUUUAAUGAAGCCUUAUAUUCCACUUUACGAAACGCGCUAGGAGAGAAUUUCACAGCAGAUAUGGUAUUUGCUUGGAAAGCAUUUAACUAUGACGUCAUCACCAGAAAUGUACUCGGUGGAGUCUCUAGUCCAGGAAGCCGUCCAGAGGAUACGCACAGUGAAUCUGGAGCCACUGGGGCAUCAAGGAAAUCAGCUAAAGCAGGACGAAAGCGCGAAUCUGUAGAAGCUGUGGCAGGUAACAGAGAACCUACCGAGGAGGAGAUAGCAGCUGCUAUAGAAGUGCAGAAACAUUGGAGAGGGUUUUAUGUGAGAAAAAUCAGACAAGCACGAGAACCGGGUUGCGAGGAGAAUCUCCAAGCCAAGGAACACUUAUUGAAAUCUUGGGCAUUGAUGGAAUCCACAUGGGAACAGCAUGCACUUACUCUAUUCAGAACAAUAUUUAAAAUUGAUCCAGAAUUGAUGCCUAAAUUUCCUUUUUAUCAAGAUGAGUGGAAUAAGAUAUCAUAUUCUGACUACCAAGGCAACUACCCAGAUCAACCACCUAAUACUUGGUUUGUUGUCUUCAGAUACUCAGUGAAGGUGACUGAAGACCAGAUAGCUGCAGUUCAACUCUCUACAUCUAAAUCUGAUGUCUAUAUCUUAUUACAAGUCUUGGAUAACGAAGUGGAAGUUGCUAAGACUACAGGCAAAGGUCACGUUGUUAUUCCAUCAUUUACAUUCUUACGCGAUAGAGAUUCAGGAGAGGAUCAACCACCUAGAAGGUCCAGCAGUAGGGCAUCACAACGAGGAGGUAGUAAAUUACACACGUCUGUAAGUGGUUCAAGUUUGAGUUCUGGUAAAAAGAGGCAGGAAUCAGCUGGUAGUGGCAGAGGCUCUAGAGGUAGCCGUCGAAGCUCAGCUGACUUACAGCGACCUGACGAAGAAGUAGAUGGAGGUAGUGAUAAAGAACAAGAAUACAAGCCACACAAAUACAUCAUCCAGGCCAAAGUCUUGAGGAAGAGUUGGCCUCUAUCAGAAAGUAGCUGGGCCUUUGUACAAGUGCUGAAGGAUCUUGAAAAGAGCGAGCUCAAAGCCAUCAAAGAUCGACCAACCUCAGCACCAAAAAGUGAUAAAGCAGCUACCACAGUGCCGAAAGGUGGCGGCGGUGGAAAGAAAGGAAAAGAUAAGGGUAAAGAAAAGGAACGGGAUAAAUUAUCAACAUCAAGACCUCCUUCUCAACAAUUUGACAUCUCAAAACCUAACUGGACUUUGAGGGUUGUAUUAGACCAGACACCUACAGAGGAAAUUGAAAUAAAAAAAGACACUGAAAGACAAGAUGAAAUCCGUGCAAUGAAACAAGCAUGGGAAGCAGCUGAACCUGGCCGAGCCCUGAAGGCACAGGCAUCUAGGGCAAAGUUCCUAGCAGAACGUAUGAUAAAAACUCAGCCUGAAGAUGACGAACCAACGGAGCCAACUGAGCCAACAAUUGAAGGGCCACCGAAAACGCCUGCAUCUGAAAUUGACGAAAAUCCAGCUGAUGUGAUACUAUUAAAUGAACCGCCUCCGCCUCCUGCACCUAAAGAAAUUUUACAAGUCAUUGACAAAACACCAUUUAUAAGAUCUACCGAAAGUGAACCAAGAUUGCUUGAUGAUGAAGAAAUGAACAGACAGCGCGCUGAACAAGAACAACUCAUACAGCAGUACAAAGCAUUCAGAGAAGAAGUACUUACCUGGAGAGAAGAGGACAGGAAGAGACGUAAUUUAACAAAGGAGAUGCAGAUACAAGAGUGUGAAGAAUUACAGGAGAAACUUGAUAAAGCCAGAAAAGGAAUCAACACACCAAGGGAAGAAUUCCGACAGAAAUUCCUGGAAGCUGAACGGAAACGACUAGAAGAGAUCGCCUCCCAAGAAGCAGCACUGAAGGCAGAACAGGAAAAGAGUUCACCGUCACCUAAAGGACGAAAGAGUGCAAAGGGCAAAAAGAGUGCUGGAAAGAAGAAGAAAUAAAGGAUACAAAUGAAUAUCAAUGAACUUGAAAUGAGGUCUUCCAUCCAGUGUCUAUUACCAAGCUUGUAUAUACUUUAAAACAUGAUCUUAUACUUUCUGAUUUUUUGAUUAAUGUAGAAUACUGCCUCACAUGUAUAUGAUUUCUUUUUUCAUCAUCAGAUUCAAAACCUCUUCGCCCUGAAUGGGUUUUGGUGGAAUCAACAUCACGUCACAAAAUAUGUAAAUAAUAUAUACUUAAAAUGUUCUCUUGUGCGUUGAAAUGAUUGGUUCACUUCUGUUAAUAAAUUUAAUUAAAUAUAAAAUUUAAUUAGAUAUAAAAAGUCAAUGUAUAUACAUCUAAUAAAUUUUUUUUUAUGGCCACCUAUGAUUGUAUUCGAAUGAGUUUCUUAUUAAACCCAUUCAGCUGCAAUAAUAUCUUUACCAAGUCCAGGAAAACUGAAAACCGAGUAAAGAAUACAUGACUUGUUGUGCUCAUAAUGGUGUCACUAUGAGUAUGUAGGUCAUAUCUGAUCAUGCUUUCUUCCUCUUGCUCCAAACUUGGUAUUUUCUUUUUGGUUUUUGCACUUUUGUGUUUUGUACACUUUCAUUUGUGGAAUGUCACGAUGAUGUCCGCAUGAAUAAAAAACUGAAAUGUUUUCAUGUUUUAUUAAUAAUGUGUUGCAGGUCAGCCGUCCAUUGUACAGUUUUAUUGUUGGAAUGUGAAUUUGAUAUUUUAACUGAUGCCCUUUUUUUUAAAUUGCUCCAUUAAUAUGUACAUUCGUCAUGGUUUUUGUAAAAACAAUAUUAUAUGCAAUGUAUUACAACAUUGUUUUUUAAUAUUUCUAUUUUCAACAAUUUGAAUAAAGUGUUGAUUUUAAG